AUGAACAUGGAAAACGACUUGAGGAAAGAACUGAAUAGAAGAUUGAGAGCAGCGUGGGCAGCAUUCGCAGCCGCCAGGGAAGCUACGGACCAACUGACGGACCAUGAUCUUCGUGCCCAUCUGUUCGACUCGACAGUCCUUCCAGCGCUCUGUUACGCAGCGGAGACGUGGGCAGACACCGUGGCCACGUCUAGGAAGCUACUUACUACCCACAGAGCCCUUGAGAGAUGUCUCCUGAAGUUUAACCGGCGCACACAACACCUUGCCGGUCUUCGUAGCUCCGACUUAAGAGGAAUGUCCCGUCUUCGCGACCCAGCGGAAUAUGCAUCGAAAGCAAAACAUAGAUGGGCUGGUCACAUCAUGAGAAGAAUCGACGAUAGAUGGACUAAAAGAACGCUAGAGUGGAUCCAAAGGGACGCAAAACGCCCCCGAGAGAGACCGCCAACGAGAUGGGGUGAUGUGUUCGCUACACAGAUGGACCAGCUGAGAGCUCAGCUGGAUACGGCUCAAGGACCUCGUGAACGUCACUCACGAAACUUGAGAACAUCUUGGAUGACAAUGGCGAGGGAACGAAACGAGUGGAAGAGAUGCUGGGGCCCGCACGUCCAGUGA